AUGACUGAGAAGGCGACUCUUCCCAACACUGAGCAAGAUCAUGGCACUCCGUCGCCUGAGAAUGUCGCAGCGAACCGAGCCCCACUGUCGGACGAUGGUGACUUUUGCAAACCAAAAAUCAAUGGGGGGCUGCAGGCUUGGUUGAAUGUUGUUGCGCUAUUCUGUGUUUUUGUCAAUUCUUGGGGCAUAUUGACUACCUUUGGCGCUUUUCAAGAAUACUACCAAACGGAGCUUCUAAGUAACCAAUCGCCAUCAGCGAUCUCAUGGAUAGGAAGUAUCCAAGCAACGCUGAUCCCAAUGAUCGGUAUUGUUUCCGGUCCGCUGGUUGAUGCAGGAUAUAUCCGUUCAUUGACCGUGGUUGGGAGCUUCUUGACGGUCUUCGGGUUGAUGAUGGCUAGUCUCGCGACGGAGUACUACCAAGUACUUCUUGCUCAUGGAUUCUGUGUCGGAACAGGCGGCGGCAUUGCUUAUAUCCCGGCUCUGACCGUAGUGUCCACAAGCUUUACUACGAAACGACCUCUCGCCAUUGGAAUAGCAUCAAUUGGAUCUAGCGUCGGAGCUGUGAUAUUUCCUGUUAUGUUUCGGCAACUCCAGCCCAAGAUUGGAUUUCCGUGGGCGAUCCGCUGUAUUGCGUUCAUCAGCUUGCUAAUGGCAAUCAUCGCAUGCUUCAUUCUUUGUCGCCGACCAGGUCAAAAGGCCCGUGCUCGAAGCCUCAUUGACUGGAAGGCUUUCCGCGAGCCAUCUUAUAUGCUCUUCUCCAUCUCUCUGACCUUGGUCAUGCUCGCCUACUACGUUCCCAUCUUCUAUGUCGCUUCAUAUGGUCGGGUCGUUGUAGGUACAACGACCAGUCUAUCAUUCUAUAUGGUAGCCAUCGUCAACGGCUCUUCCUGUUUUGGACGUGUCAUGCCUUACUUAAUCGUUUCCUACGUCAAGCCUAUAGUCAUCCUUCUCCUCGUGGUGGUGGCAUCGGCGAUUGCUAUGUUCACUUGGAUCGCUGUUAGCAAUGUUGCUGGAUUCAUUGUUUGGGCUUGCUACUGGGGUAUUCUAAGUGGUGUCAUUGUCACGGGGCCGACGGCUAUAGUUGCUCACCCGGUAUUUUGCUCAAGUCCAAACUGGAUGGGCACGCGAUUGGGUAUGAUGUGGGGUAUAUCAUCCUUUGGUGCUUUAGCAGGAACUCCAAUCGCCGGAGCAUUGGUGAAUCUUGAAGAAGCUUCGUUUCUGCGAGCCCAAAUAUUCGCCGGCUGUGUUAUGGCCGGUGCUGUAAUGUUGCAGGUGUGGCCUGCCUUGCAGGUGUUACGCUAUGAUCGAAAUAAUCCUCGGUAA